UUAAUUAUUUAUAAUAUGACUGUUCAAUAAAACUGUAUUCUGUUAUUUCAUUAUUGGCAACUUACAGCUUUAGAAUUUGUUUUGGAUUCUACACUGUACUUUGACAUUGCUGUUUAAUGGAUAACUAUGGAAACUACGGUUUGGCUGAUGAUGAAGUUAGCACUGGUACUUCAAUUAUGGCAGUAGAGUUUGAUGGGGGAGUGGUGAUUGGUGCUGAUUCAAGAACUACAUCCGGAGCAUACAUUGCGAACCGAGUAACUGACAAACUGACACCAAUACACGAUCGCAUAUUUUGUUGUCGAUCUGGUUCAGCUGCUGAUACACAGGCAAUUGCAGAUGCUGUUGCUGCAAAUGUGGAACUAGAUGGAAUUGUUAUGGGGGGUUUACCAUCAGUAAAAAAAGCUGCAGAAAUUUUCCGUCAGUAUUGUUAUGAUUAUCGUGAUAAUCUCACAGCUGGAAUAAUUGUGGCAGGGUGGGACCCAAAGCAAGGAGGACAAGUAUACACAAUACCGCUGGGGGGAAUGUUAAUACGACAGCAGUUUUCUAUUGGUGGCUCCGGUAGUACGUACAUAUAUGGUCAUGUGGAUGCAACAUUCAAGGAAAACAUGACAAAAGAUGAAUGCAUUCAAUUCUGCACAAAUGCUUUAUCGCUUGCAAUUAAUCGUGAUGGUUCAAGUGGAGGAGUUGUCAGGUUGGCUGUCAUCACCAAAGAAGGAGUUGAAAGAAAAGUUAUCCUUGGAAACGAUUUACCAAGAUUUUAUGAAGGAUGAUAUAGCACCACCAACAAUUUUCAGUAGCACAAAUUACAAAAACUUAAAAUUCAUGACGCUGCUUGUCACACAUUGAGAAGUUUCUAUGUUUGUGUGCUGUUUACAGAAAGACUUUGUUUAUGAUCCUAUUGCUGUUUAUGCUGGCACCUAUUACAAGAAGCUGGUAAUACAUUUUUGCUGGGUAAAAUUAAAGUUCCUAAAUACAAAAUUUGUGUUUUGAGCCA